AUGGUUUUAAAAUUUUGUGCUAAUUUAUCAUUUAUGUUUGGAGAAAGUACUUCUCUUUUGGAAAAAUAUGAAUUAGCUAGAAAAGCUGGUUUCACAGGUGUCGAAUGUGCCAAUCCUUAUAAUUAUUCGACAAGUGAAUUAUUACAAGCAAAAUGUGCAAUGAAACAAGUGUUGAUUAAUGUCGCACCAGGAAAUGAUGAAUCUGGUAAAUUCGGUUUGGCUGCGAUACCAGGAAAAACAUUCGAGUUUUUAGAAACUCUUAAAAAAACAAUUAAUUAUGCAAAGGAUUUAAAUUGUUCCAAGAUUCAUAUUAUGUCAGGAGUUGUCGAAAAGGAAACCCCACAACAUAUGGAAAUAUACGUAAAUAAUUUAAAACAAUCUGUUGAAAUGUUAAAAGAAAAUAAUAUUAUAGGUUUAAUCGAACCUAUUAAUAAUUAUUCAGUUCCAAAUUACUUUUUGAAUAAUUAUGAAAAAGCGACAUCUGUAAUCGAAAAGAUAAACAGUCCAAAUAUUAAACUUCAAUUAGAUAUUUUUCAUUUGCAACAUAUUUGUGGUAAUUUAACAAAAAAUAUUGAAAAGUUUUUACCCUUAGUAGGUCAUGUUCAAGUUGCUCAAGUUCCCAACAGGAAUGAACCUGACACAUCAGGAGAAAUAGAUUAUAAAUAUAUAUUUUCCACAUUAGAAAAAUUACAAUAUGAUCAAUGGAUCGGUUUAGAAUAUUUUCCUAAAUCUUCAACAGUGGAUGGUCUUAAAUGGAUAAAAGAAUUUGGUUAUACAUUAUGA